UUUACAGAAAGAAAAAUAGAUAUAUUUAUUAUUUUUUCCUCCUUCUUCUAAAGCUGCAAAGCUCUGCUUUGAAAACUGCUGCCCCAGAGUGCAGUUGCCUAGCUGUCCUGUCAGCAUUGUUCUAAUGCUCAUUCCAUAUGUAUGUCACAUAGAAGCUCUACCCUCCUCCUCCUUCUCUCCCCUUCCCCCAAUCCAUGCAUUCGCUUUUUUUUUUUUCACCCUAAAGGCGAUUUUUUUUUUUCCCGGGGAGCUUGCAAGCAGGGAAAUUCAAACUGCAUGAUCUUCGGCUGUAGGUUAGUUAUAUGGCUGAGACCAGUUUCUCUUAGUGAAAGUGUUUGUGCUAUUUCGCCUCGCUCCCUCUUUUUAUUAUAUAAACACAAAGGUUUUAAGAAACUAAGAUCUGUAGUUCUUUUUUGUCUUUCCUCGUUACCGUGGCAGCAUGUAUCUUGGUUGCUGAAGAAUGAAGCAGGCAGGCUGGAGUUUUUUUUAAUGUUUAAUGCUUCUGGGGCCACUAGAGAGGAUUCCACAGAGAAAUGUGUACAGCAGUGGUGCCCACUGAGUUUGUUACGCUUGUUCUCUGUCACUUCUUCUGACUCAAAGGAUAAAAGAAUGAUGUGAUGGAGGUGAAUAUGGUCUGCUGGUCAGGCACACGGCUCCCCCUGUCUUGCCUCACCCUACUGCUUGUCAAGCUGUUGGCCAGCGUUUGCCAGGGACUCCAAGGGACAAUACCACUCGGCUUUCACUUUACGCAUUCCAUUUACAAUGCUACUGUGUACGAAAACUCUGCUGCGAGGACCUAUGUCAACAGCAAAACUAGAAUGGGCAUCACCUUGGCAGAUCUUUCUUGGGACAUCAAAUACAGGAUAGUGUCUGGUGAUGAAGAAGGCUUUUUCAAAGCAGAGGAGGUCAUAAUAGCUGACUUCUGUUUCCUAAGAAUAAGAACUAAAGGUGGGAAUUCUGCUAUCUUAAACAGAGAAAUCCAAGACAACUAUUUAUUGAUAGUUAAAGGGUCUGUCAGAGGAGAGGACUUAGAAGCAUGGACAAAAGUGAAUAUCCAGGUUUUAGAUAUGAACGAUCUAAGGCCUUUGUUUUCCCCAACCACAUAUUCCGUAACAAUAGCAGAAAGCACUCCCUUAAGGACUAGUAUUGCACAGGUGACAGCAACAGAUGCAGACAUUGGGUCCAAUGGUGAAUUCUAUUACUACUUCAAAAACAAAGUUGAGCUCUUUUCAGUUCAUCCAACCAGUGGAGUUAUCUCCUUAAGUGGCCGAUUGAACUAUGAUGAGAAAAACAGGUAUGACCUUGAAAUUCUGGCUGUGGACCGUGGGAUGAAACUUUAUGGGAACAAUGGAGUAAGCAGUACUGCCAAGCUUUAUGUUCACAUUGAACGUAUAAAUGAACAUGCCCCAACUAUAACUGUGGUAACUCACAUACCCUUUCCAUCAGACAAGGAACCGACAUAUGCAGUUGUUAACAUUGAUGACCUAGAUGAAGGCGCUAAUGGGGAGAUUGAAUCUGUUUCUAUUGUAGCUGGAGACCCAUUAGAGCAGUUCAUUCUGGCUAAGGAGAGUAAGUGGAUUAAUGAGUACAAAAUCAAAGAGAGAAAGCCUAUAGAUUGGGACAGCUUCCCGUAUGGUUACAACCUUACUCUCCAAGCAAAGGACAAAGGAUCUCCUCAGAAGUUUUCUGCCGUUAAAAUGGUCCAUAUUGCUAGUCCCAAAAGAGAAAGUGUCCCAGUAAAGUUUGAAAAAGAAGUCUAUGAUGUGUCAAUCAGUGAGUUUUCCCCUCCUGGAGUGGUUGUUGCUAUAGUGAAGCUGACACCUGAACCACAGGGCAUGGACUAUAGAAUAUCUCCUAAUCUGGAUGCUGAAUUUUUUAAAAUUAAUCCCAGGACAGGGCUUAUUACCACUGCUCAUCCCUUGAAAAUCAUUGAAAAGGAACUCUAUGAAUUGGAAGUGGUAAGCAAAGGUGGUGAUUUAAAAGCUCAAGUUAUUGUCAGGUUAGAAGAUGUCAAUGAUCACACUCCAGAGUUCAAACAGCCUUCAUAUAGCUCUUUCAUCAACGAAAGUGUUCCUGUGGGAACCACCAUUCUGUCUGUUUCAGCAUUUGACAAGGACAGGGGAGAAAAUGGAUAUAUAACAUACAGCAUUGCCAGUCUGAAUUCGCUGCCAUUUACUAUAAACCAGUUUACUGGUAUUAUUAGCACAUCUGAAGAACUGGAUUUUGAAUCCUCUCCAGAGAGCUAUAGGUUCAUUGUCAGAGCCUCAGACUGGGGGUCACCAUAUCGUCAUGAAAGUGAGGUUAAUGUCACAAUAUUCAUAGGAAAUGUCAAUGAUAACAAACCUUUGUUUGAAAAAGUGGCAUGUCAGGGAGUCAUUUCAUCUGACUUUCCUGUUGGUGGUCACAUCACUGCUGUUUCUGCAAUAGAUAUAGAUGAGCUAGAACUGGUGAAGUACAAAAUAAUCUCUGGAAAUGAGCUUGGAAUUUUUUAUUUAAAUCCUGACUCUGGUGUUCUGCAACUUAAAAAAUCUCUGAUUAAUUCUGGUGUAAAGAACAACAAUUUUGCCCUUAAAAUAACAGCUACUGAUGGAGAGAAUUUUGCUGAUGCCAUGUUUGUCAACAUUUCAGUAGUCCAUGGCAAAGUGUCCUCAAAGACCUUUAGCUGUAGAGAAACUAGGGUUGCUCAGAAGCUAGCAGAAAAAUUACUCAAAAAGGCAAAAGCAAAUGUGAAGCUGAAUUUGGAAGAUGGUUUCCUUGAUUUUUAUUCAGUGAACAGGCAGGCUCCCCACUUUGAUAAGUCCUUUCCUUCUGAAGUAAUGGUUAUGGAGGACCUGCCUGUUGGUGCUAGCAUCCUAAGGAUAAAGGCAUAUGAUGCAGACUCUGGCUUUAAUGGGAAAGUUGUCUAUACAAUUUCUGAUGGUAACACAGAUAGUUGCUUUGACAUAGACAUGGAGACAGGACUGCUUAAAGUUCUUAUGCCCAUGGACCGUGAGAAAACAGAGCUGUAUCUCCUUAAUAUUACAAUUUAUGAUUUAGGUGAUCCUCAGAAAUCUACAUGGAGGCUACUGACUGUAACAGUUGGGGAUGCAAAUGACAACAGGCCUAUUUUUUUGCAGGACAGUUACUUGGUUAAUAUUUUAGAAAGUACUAGUCUUGGUACAGAGAUCAUCCAAGUUGAAGCCAGAGAUAAAGACCUAGGAUCCAAUGGGGAAGUGACUUACUCAGUAUUGACAGAUACGAAGCAAUUUGCCAUCAAUAGUUCUACUGGAGUAGUUUAUGUAGCUGAUCAUUUAGACAGAGAAUCAAAAGCAAACUACACGCUAAAAAUAGAGGCCAGGGACAAAUCGGAUAAUGGCCAUCAACAAUUUUCUGUUGUGCCACUGAAGGUUUUUUUGGAUGAUGUAAACGAUUGUUCUCCAGCUUUUAUACCAUCCAGCUACAGUGUUAAAGUUCUUGAAGAUCUGCCAGUUGGCACCGUGAUAGCUUGGUUAGAAACUCAUGAUCCAGAUCUUGGCUUGGGAGGUCAAGUACGUUACUCGCUGGUGAAUGAUUACAAUGGGCGAUUUGAGAUAGACAAAGCAAGUGGUGCCAUCCGCUUGAACAAAGAACUUGAUUACGAGAAACAGCAGUUCUAUAACCUGACUGUGCGUGCAAAAGACAAAGGACGUCCGGUGUCUCUUUCUUCUGUUUCUUUUGUGGAGGUGGAAGUGGUGGAUGUUAAUGAAAAUCUCUACACCCCUUAUUUUCCUGACUUUGCUGUCAUUGGAUCUGUAAAGGAGAACUCCCGCAUUGGAACAAGUGUUUUGCAAGUGGUAGCACAGGAUGAAGACUCUGGAAGGGAUGGGGAGAUCCAGUAUUCCAUCAGGGAUGGCAGUGGCCUUGGAAGAUUUAGCAUAGAUGAAGAAACUGGAGUUAUCUACACGGCCGAUGUUCUUGACCGAGAGACAACCAAAUCUUAUUGGCUAACAGUGUAUGCAACUGACCGGGGUGUUGUCCCUCUCUACACUACCAUUGAGGUUUAUGUUGAAGUUGAGGAUGUGAAUGACAAUGCUCCUCUGACCUCAGAACCCAUUUAUUACCCAGCUGUCAUGGAAAACUCCCCUAAGGAUGUAUCUGUCAUUCAAAUCCAGGCUGAGGAUCCUGACUCUAGCACCAAUGAAAAACUGGUCUAUAGGAUUACAAGUGGAAACCCUCAAAACUUCUUCGUAAUCAAUCCCAAAACAGGUCUGAUUACAACAACAUCAAGAAAAUUGGAUCGGGAGCAGCAAGCAGAGCAUUUUCUGGAGGUUACGGUCACAGAUGGCGGCGUCUCCCCCAAGCAAUCUACUGUCUGGGUGGUUGUUCAAGUUCUGGAUGAAAAUGAUAACAAGCCACAGUUUCCAGAGAAAGUCUAUCAAAUCAAGUUGCCAGAGAGAGACCGUAAGAAAAGAGGGGAGCCUAUCUACAGAGCAUUUGCAUUUGACAAGGAUGAAGGCCCAAAUGCAGAAAUCUCCUACAGUAUCGUGGAUGGAAAUGAUGAUGGGAAAUUUUUUAUUGAUCCUAAAACUGGGACUGUUUCCUCCAGAAAGCAGUUCACAGCAGGGAGUUACGACAUCUUAACAAUAAAAGCAGUGGACAAUGGACGACCCCAAAAGUCAGCAACUGCACGCCUGCAUAUUGAAUGGAUUAAGAAACCGGCACCCUCUCCUGUACCACUGACCUUUGAUGAGCCCUUCUACAACUUCACUGUCAUGGAAAGUGAUAAAGUAACUGAAAUUGUGGGAGUGGUUUCUGUGCAACCUUCUAACAUCCCUUUGUGGUUUGAUAUAGUUGGAGGGAAUUUCGAUAGUUCUUUCGACGCAGAGAAGGGCAUGGGCACUAUUGUCAUUGCAAAGCCCUUGGAUGCAGAGCAGAGGUCGAUAUAUAACAUGACUGUGGAGGUCACCGAUGGAACAAACAUUGCAACAACUCAGGUCCUUAUCAAGGUGUUGGACAAUAAUGAUAACGGCCCAGAAUUCCCUCACCCAAGUUAUGAUGUCACAAUUUCGGAGGACAUACUUCCUGAUACCGAGAUACUGCAAAUUGAAGCGAUAGACAGAGAUGAGAAACAUAAGUUGAGCUAUACUAUCCAUAGCAGUAUUGACUCGGUCAGCAUGAGAAAAUUCAGAAUCGACCCCAGCACAGGGGUACUCUACACUGCCGAGAGAUUAGACCAUGAAGCUCAAGAUAAGCACAUCCUUAAUGUAAUGGUUCGGGAUCAGGAGUUCCCAUAUAGGAGAAACCUGGCGAGAGUUAUCAUAAAUGUGGAAGACUCCAACGAUCACAGUCCAUACUUUACCAGUCCUUUGUAUGAAGCCUCCAUGUUUGAAUCUGCAGCUAUUGGAUCCGCUGUUCUGCAGGUCACUGCCUUAGACAAAGACAAAGGAGAAAAUGCAGAGCUUAUCUACACCAUUGAAGCAGGAAAUACUGGAAACACAUUCAAGAUUGAACCUGUUUUAGGCAUCAUAACAGUAUUGAAGGAGCCAGACUUGACCACCAUGGGACAGUUUGUUUUGUCUGUCAAAGUAACUGACCAGGGAUCCCCACCGCUAUCUGCAACAGCAAUUGUUCGCAUUUCUGUGACCAUGUCAGAUAAUUCCCACCCAAAGUUUAUGCAUAAGGAAUACCAAGCAGAAAUUAAUGAAAAUGUUGAUAUUGGAACGUCAGUCAUCUUGAUCUCUGCCAUCAGUCAGUCUACAUUGGUAUAUGAGGUCAAGGAUGGGAAUGUGGAUGGGAGCUUUACUAUAAACCCAUACUCUGGAGUCAUCACCAGUCAAAAAGCACUUGAUUAUGAACGCAUAUCCUCUUACCAGCUCAUUGUACAAGCAACCAACAUGGCAGGUAUGGCAUCAAAUGCCACCGUGAACAUUCAAAUUGUGGAUGAAAAUGAUAAUCCGCCAGUUUUUCUCUUCUCCCAAUACUCUGGCAGCAUAAGUGAGGCUGCUCCUGUAAACAGUGUAGUCCGGAGCUCAGGUAACAGCCCACUGGUUAUACGAGCCACUGAUGCUGACAGUAAUCAGAAUGCUUUGCUUGUCUAUCAGAUUGUUGAAUCCACUGCUAAGAAGUAUUUUAUUGUAGAUUCCAGCACUGGUGCAAUCAGAACAAUUGCAAAUUUAGACCAUGAAACAAUAGCUCACUUCCACUUCCAUGUGCAUGUUAGAGACAGCGGAAAUCCACAGCUCACAGCAGAGAGUCCAGUUGAAGUAACCGUUGAAGUAACUGAUGUCAAUGACAACCCACCUGUCUUCAGUCAGGCUGUAUUUGAGACAGUUUUGCUGCUGCCCACUUACAUUGGAGUAGAGAUUCUUAAAGUCCUGGCUACUGACCCAGAUUCAGGGGUUCCACCUGAACUGACAUACAGUCUCAUCGAAGGCAACAUGGACCAUUUUUUGAUUGAUUCAACUACGGGGGUAAUCACCAUAAAAAACAAUAGCCUUUCCAAAGACCAUUAUAUGGUGGUAGUGAAAGUGUCUGAUGGGAAAUUUUACAGCACUGCUAUGGUGACCAUAAUGGUAAAAGAAGCCAUGGAUAGUGGGCUCCAUUUUACACAGAGCUUUUAUUCCACAUCUAUCUCAGAGAACAGCACUAAUAUCACAAAGAUAGCAGUUGUCAAUGCAAUUGGGAACCGUCUCAAUGAGCCCUUGAAGUACAGUAUAUUAAACCCAGGGAAUAAGUUCAAGAUUAAAUCCACCUCAGGAGUCAUCCAAACAACCGGCAUCCCUUUUGACCGAGAAGAGCAAGAGCUGUAUGAGCUGGUAGUAGAGGCAAGUCGUGAGCUGGAUCAUCUACGUGUGGCAAGGGUGGUUGUCAGAGUUAACAUUGAGGACAUAAAUGACAAUGCUCCAGUGUUUGUAGGGCUACCUUACUAUGCUGCUGUACAAGUUGAUGCUGAGCCUGGUACUCUGAUAUAUCGAGUCACAGCCAUUGAUAAAGAUAAGGGUGCAAAUGGUGAAGUGUCAUAUCUUAUAAAGGAAGACUAUGGACAUUUUGAAAUUGAUAGACAAACUGGUAGUGUCACUUUAAAGGAAGCUUUCAACUCUGACUUAUCUAAUAUAGAGUACUUGGUUAUCAUCCUUGCAAAAGAUGGAGGCAAUCCAUCAUUGUCUGCUUCGGUAGAACUGCCUAUUACUAUAGUUAACAAAGCAAUGCCUGUGUUUGACAAGCCUUUCUAUACAGCAUCAGUAAAUGAAGACAUAGAGAUGCAUACCCCAAUUCUGAGCAUAAAUGCUACCAGUCCAGAAGGCCAAGGUAUCAUUUACAUCAUUGUUGAUGGAGACCCCUACAAUCAGUUUAACAUUGACUUUGAUACUGGAGUUCUGAGUGUCAUCAGUCCAUUAGAUUAUGAAGAAAAUUCUGUUUUUAAGCUGACAGUAAGAGCCAGUGAUGCGCUAACUGGUGCUCGGGCUGAGGUCACCGUAGACUUAAUCAUUAAUGAUGUAAAUGAUAAUCCUCCUGUUUUUUAUCACUCAGCCUAUAAUGCUACCUUGUCUGAAGCAUCUUUGAUUGGGACUCCUGUGUUACAAGUGGUUGCUACUGAUGCGGACUCUGAAAAUAAUAAAAUUGUACAGUAUCAGAUAGUCCAGGACACUUUUAACAGCACUGAUUAUUUUCACAUUGAUAGCAGUAGUGGUCUAAUCCUAACAGCCCGUUUGUUGGAUCAUGAACUAGUUCAGCACUGCAGCUUAAAAGUGCGAGCAACUGAUAAUGGAUUCCCACCUCUGAGCAGUGAAGUUCUUGUUAGCAUAUAUGUGACAGAUAUGAAUGACAAUGCACCAGUUUUUAACCAGUUAAUAUAUGAAUCCUACGUGAGUGAACUGGCACCUCGGGGUCAUUUUGUGACUUGUGUCCAAGCUUCUGACGCUGACAGCUCUGAUUUUGACAGACUGGAGUACAGUAUCUUGUCUGGAAAUGAUCGAACCAGCUUUAUAAUGGACAGUAAGAGUGGCAUUAUAACCCUGUCUAACCAUCGGAAACAGAGGAUGGAGCCAAUGUAUAGCUUAAAUGUCUCCGUUUCUGAUGGAUUGUUCACCAGCACAGCUCAGGUGCAUAUCCAGAUCCUUGGAGCUAACCUAUAUAGCCCUGUGUUUUCACAGAGUGUUUAUGUGGCAGAGGUUAGAGAAAAUGCUGCCCCUGGUACUAAGGUAAUCCAUGUAAAAGCAACAGAUGGCGAUUCCAGUGCAUAUGGCCAGAUAAGCUACUCCAUAAUAAAUGAUUUUGCCAAAGAUCGAUUCUUAAUUGAUAACAAUGGGCAGAUCCUAACAACUGAGAAACUAGACCGAGAGAACCCUUUGGAAGGGGACAUCAGCAUAUUCUUAAGGGCUCUGGAUGGAGGUGGAAGGACUACUUUUUGCACUGUGAGAGUGAUCGUAGUAGAUGAGAAUGACAAUGCUCCCCAGUUUAUGACAGUAGAGUACAGAGCAAGUGUCAAAUCAGAUGUUGGAAAAGGCCAUUUGGUCACUCAGGUGCAAGCAGUAGAUCCAGAUGAUGGGGCAAAUUCAAGAAUUACCUAUUCGUUGUAUAGCGAAGCCUCUGUUUCAGUUGCCGAUCUGCUUGAAAUUGACCCUGACAAUGGAUGGAUGGUUACGAAAGGUAACUUUAACCAGUUGAAAAGCACAGUUCUGUCUUUCUUUGUCAAAGCAGUUGAUGGCGGCAUUCCUGUAAAGCAUUCUCUUAUUCCUGUUUAUAUCCAUGUUUUACCUCCUGAAACUGUUUUACCUUCCUUUUCCCAACCUCAGUAUUCCUUUACAAUACCAGAAGACACUCUCAUAGGCAGCACUAUUGAUAUUUUGCAUGCAGUGCCAAACCAAGGUGUUGUGUAUAGCACAGUGAAUGGUGAAUUACCUGAAAACAACAAAGAGGGAAUUUUCAUCAUAGAACAAGACACUGGAAUCAUAAAACUAGAUAAGAGACUUGACCACGAGACAAAUCCUGCAUUUCACUUUAAAGUUGCAGCCACCAUACAAGUAGAUAAAGUGGAUAUUGUAAUAACUGUAGAUGUGGAAGUUAAAGUGUUGGAUGUAAAUGACAACAAACCCUCAUUUGAAGCUGCUAACUAUGAAGCUAUAAUAAUGGAAGGGAUGCCAAUAGGAACUAAACUUAUCCAAGUGAAGGCAGUUGAUUCAGACUGGGGUGCAAAUGGACAAGUCACAUAUACCCUUGCUGUAGAAUCGGAGCUAGACAAGAUCCUGGAAGCAUUCACAAUAGAUAGCAACAGUGGUUGGAUCAGCACACUAAAGGACCUCGAUCAUGAAAAGGACCCCACCUUCAGUUUUGCUGUGGUGGCCUCAGAUCUGGGAGAAACUUUGUCCCUCUCAUCAACUGUGCUGGUCUCUGUCACUGUGACCGACAUAAAUGAUAACGCACCAGUCUUUGAACAUGAGGUGUACAGAGGAACAGUGAAAGAGAGUGAUCCUCCUGGAGAAGUUGUGGCAGUUCUCAGCACCUGGGAUGAAGACACCUCUGAUAUCAACCGUCAGGUUAGCUACCAUAUUACAGGAGGGAAUCCCAAGGGAAAGUUUGCCUUGGGAUUGGUUCAGAAUGAAUGGAAAGUUUAUGUAAAGAGGCCUCUAGAUCGGGAAGAGCAAGACAUUUAUUAUCUUAACAUCACUGCUACCGAUGGACUCUUUGUAACUCAAGCUGCUGUGGAAGUGACAGUCACUGAUGUGAAUGAUAACAGUCCUGUCUGUGAGCAGGUUACAUAUACAGCAUUAUUUCCUGAAGACAUUCCACCAAACAAAGUCAUCCUUAAGAUCAGUGCUAAGGAUGCAGACAUUGGGUCCAAUGGCGAAGUUCGAUAUUCUCUGUAUGGGUCUGGGAACAAUAAAUUUUUCUUAGAUCCAGAAAAUGGAGAGUUGAAAACCUUGGCCCCGUUGGACCGAGAGAAAAUUCCUGUGUACCACUUGGUUGCCAGGGCAACAGAUGGAGGUGGUAGGUUCUGCCAAUCAGAAAUCCACCUAAUUUUGGAAGAUAUUAAUGAUAAUCCCCCAGUAUUUUCAUCUGCUCAUUACAUGGCAUGCGUCUAUGAGAACACAGCCACUAAAGCCUUGUUAACAAGAGUCCAAGCCAUGGAUCCUGAUGUAGGUGUGAACAGAAAAGUUGUCUAUUCCCUAGCAGACUCCGCAAAUGGUUACUUCUCUGUAGACAGGUCAUCAGGGAUCAUUAUUUUGGAGCAACCACUUGAUAGAGAGCUACAGUCCUCUUAUAACAUCAGUGUAAAGGCAUCAGACCAGAGCAUUAUGUUGACCUUGUCAUCACUGGCUACAGUCACCAUUACAGUGCUGGAUAUUAAUGAUAACCCUCCUGUGUUUGAAAGAAGAGACUAUCUUGUUUCAGUUCCUGAAGAUACCUCGCUUAGCACUGAAAUCCUUGCUGUUUUUGCAACAAGCAAAGACAUUGGUACAAACGCUGAAAUUGCCUACCUCAUCAGAUCUGGGAAUGAGAAAGGGAAAUUCAGGAUCAACUCAAAGACAGGAGCCAUUUCUGUCAUUGAAGCACUGGACUAUGAAACAUGUAAAGAUUUCUACCUCGUGGUGGAAGCAAAAGAUGGAGGUACUCCAGCUCUCAGUGCUGUUACUACAGUGAACAUAAAUGUAACGGAUGUUAAUGACAAUGCGCCAAAAUUUAGCCAGGUGCUCUACAGCACAGUCAUCAGUGAGGAUGCAGCAGUUGGUGACUCUGUGAUUAUGUUGAUAGCAGAAGAUGUGGACAGUCCUCCCAAUGGCCAGAUUCAUUUCUCCAUAGUGAAUGGUGAUAGAGAUAAUGAAUUUUCAGUUGAUCCAGUUUUGGGACUUGUGAAGGUUAAAAAGAAAUUGGACAGAGAGAGGGUGUCUGGUUAUUCAUUGGUUAUUCAAGCAAGAGACAGCGGAGUCCCUCCAUUGUCCUCGUCUGUAACAGUCAACGUAGACAUUUCUGAUGUAAAUGAUAAUGGCCCCCUAUUUACACCAGCUAACUAUACAGCUGUAAUUCAAGAAAAUAAACCAGUGGGCACAAGCAUUUUGCAGCUGGUAGUGACGGACAAAGACUCUUUUCACAACGGCCCUCCCUUUACCUUCACCAUUCUGACGGGCAACGAAGAGGAGGAAUUUACGCUGGACCCACAUGGAGUUUUAAGAUCUGCAGUUAUCUUCAAGCAUAUGGUAGCAACUGAAUAUGUGCUCUGCGUGCAGGCAAAAGAUUCUGGGAAGCCUCAACAGGUGUCCUACACCUACAUUCAGGUACGGGUCAUAGAAGAAAGCAUUCAUAAACCAACAGCUAUUUCCCUAGAAAUAUUUAUUGUCACUAUGGAAGAUGACUUUCCAGGGGGUGUCAUUGGGAAGAUUCAUGCCACAGAUCAAGAUGUGUACGAUGUCCUCACUUAUACCCUAAAUUCUGAGCAGAAAAGUCUGUUCAAGGUUAACAGCCACGAUGGAAAGAUCAUUGCCCUCGGAGGACUGGAUAAUGGCAAGUAUAUCCUGAAUGUUUCUGUCAGUGAUGGCCGGUUCCAAGUGCCCAUUGAUGUUGUAGUCCACGUUGAGCAGCUGAUACAGGAAAUGCUGCAGAACACAGUUACCAUCCGAUUUGAGAAUGUUUCGCCUGAGGAUUUUGUGGGGCUUCAUAUGCACGGAUUCCGACGCACCCUGCGAAAUGCUGUGCUUUCCCAGAAACAAGACAGCCUGCAUAUUAUCAGUAUUCAGCCCGUGGCAGGCACCAAUCAGCUUGACAUGCUGUUUGCAGUUCAGAUGCACAACGGUGGAUUUUAUAAGCCUGCCUAUUUGAUUCAGAAGCUCACCAAUGCAAGGAGACAUUUGGAAAAUGUGAUUCGCAUCUCUGCUAUCUUGGAGAAGAAUUGUUCAGGACUGGAUUGUCAGGAACAGCAUUGUGAGCAAAGCCUGUCUAUUGAUUCUCAUUCCCUGAUGACCUAUAGCACUGCGCGGAUUAGUUUUGUGUGUCCUCGUUUCUACAGAAAUGUGCGCUGCACUUGCAACGGAGGGCUCUGUCCUGGCUCCAGCGAUCCCUGUAAUGAGAAGCCGUGUCCGGGGGACAUGCAGUGCGUGGGGUACGAAGCAAGUCGCAGGCCGUUCAUCUGCCAGUGCCCACCGGGAAAGCUUGGAGAAUGUUCAGGGCACACUUCUCUUAGCUUUGCUGGGAAUAGUUACAUCAAAUACCGAGUUUCUGAAAAUAGCAAGAAAGAGGAAUUCAAGUUGGCUCUCCGUCUGCGAACUCUGCAAAGCAACGGGAUUAUAAUGUACACCAGAGCAAAUCCCUGUAUAAUUCUGAAGAUUGUGGAUGGCAAAUUGUGGUUCCAGUUGGACUGUGGAAGUGGCCCGGGAAUCCUGGGAAUUUCUGGCAGGGCUGUGAACGAUGGGAGCUGGCACUCGGUCUUCCUGGAGCUGAAUCGGAAUUUCACAAGCCUGUCGCUGGAUGAUAGCUACGUGGAGCGGCGCAAGGCCCCCCUGUACUUCCAGACUCUGAGUACCGAUAGCUCUGUCUACUUUGGAGCCCAGGUGCAAGUAGAUAACGUCCGGAGUCUGACUGACAAGAGGACAACGCAGGUCCUGAGCGGCUUUCAAGGCUGCCUGGACUCGGUUGUCCUGAAUAACAACGAACUGCCGCUCCAGAACAAGCGCAGCAGCUUUGCAGAAGUUGUUGGCUUGACUGAAUUGAAGCUUGGCUGUGUUUUAUACCCGGACGCAUGCGAGAGGAAUCCGUGCCUGAAUGGAGGGAGCUGUACCAGUGUGCCAUCUGGUGGUUAUCAAUGCAGUUGCCUCUCUCAAUACACGGGAAGAAACUGUGAAUCGGAAAUUACAGCCUGUUUUCCAAAUCCGUGUCGAAAUGGAGGGUCAUGUGAUCCCAUAGGCAAUGCCUUCAUUUGCAACUGCAAAAGUGGGCUAACAGGAGUAACGUGUGAAGAAGAUAUCAAUGAAUGUGAGAGAGAGGAAUGUGAAAAUGGUGGCUCCUGUGUCAACAUUUUUGGUUCAUUUCUAUGUAAUUGCACUCCUGGGUACGUGGGACAGUAUUGUGGGCUUAGACCUGUUGUGGUACCCAACAUCCAAGCUGGACACUCCUAUGUUGGGAAGGAAGAGCUCAUAGGAAUAUCAGUGGUCCUUUUUGUCAUCUUUGUGUUGAUCGUCUUGUUUAUAGUUUUCCGCAAAAAAGUAUUCAGGAAAAACUAUUCACGUAACAACAUCACCCUGGUGCAGGACCCAGCUACUGCUGCCCUGCUCAACAAGAGCAAUGGGAUCCAGUUCAAAAACAUAAGGAACAGUGGGGACAGUAGGAAUAUCUACCAGGAGGUUGGGCCGCCUCAAGUUCCUGUGAGGCCAAUGGCCUACACGCCUUGCUUCCAGAGUGACUCGCGGAACAACUUGGACAAGAUAGUUGAUGGACUUGGAGUUGAGCAUCAGGAGAUGACAACUUUUCACCCAGAAUCUCCUCGAAUAUUAACAGCAAGGCGGGGUGUGGUGGUGUGUAGUGUGGCUCCCAAUCUGCCAGCCGUGUCUCCCUGUCGAUCAGAUUGUGACUCCAUCAGGAAGAGUACCUGGGAUGCUGGGACUGAAAGUAAAGGGAUUGAUGAAGCUGAAGAAGUGACCUGUUUUGCAGGAAGUAAUAAAGGCAGCAACUCUGAAGUUCAGUCUCUCAGCUCCUUCCAGUCAGACUCGGGCGAUGAUAAUGCUUCCAUAGUGACUGUCAUACAGCUUGUCAACAAUGUAGUUGACACUAUAGAAAAUGAAGUGUCUGUUAUGGAUCAAGGACAGAACUACAACAGAGCUUAUCAUUGGGACACCUCUGAUUGGAUGCCAAACGCUCGCUUAUCUGACAUUGAGGAAGUGCCCAAUUACGAAACCACGGAUGGAGGCUCAGUUCAUCACGGCAGCACAAGAGAGCUGGAGACAGAUUACUACCUUGGCGGCUAUGACAUUGACAGCGACUACCCGCCUCCUCACGAAGAGGAGUUUUUAAGUCAGGACCAGUUACCGCCCCCUCUCCCUGAGGAUUAUCCAGACCAAUAUGAAGCCCUUCCACCGUCACAGCCAGUUUCAAUGGCCAGUACACUCAGCCCAGAUUGCAGGCGACGGCCGCAGUUCCAUCCUAGCCAAUACCUCCCUCCUCAUCAGUUCCCCAAUGAGACAGACACUUCUGGGUCUCAGACUGGGAAUGAAUUUAGUACUUUUGCUGUGGUCCCAGGUCAGAAAGCAGAAAACAUUAGUGCAGGUAAGAUGCCCUUAUCAUUGCACAACUCUCUGGAUGCCUCCUCAUCCGAUGUCUCAGCCAGCUGUGGCUUUGAUGAUUCUGAAGUGGCCAUGAGUGACUAUGAAAGCGUGGAGGAACUCAACCUGGACAAUAUUCACAUUCCAUUUGUGGAGACUCAGCAGCAGACACAAGUGUAAAGGAGACUUUUUUGUCAUUUGGUCCAAUUAACAGUAUAAAUAUUGAGAAGAAAUUUUGCUAAAGAUGUAUCUAUAUAUAUUGGGCAAGGCAGAAAGACAGUAUAACUUACUAUUAACUUGUUCAGAAAUGAUACUGUAUGUGCAGAUACAAAGAGACCUAGUGUGUUAAAAGUUAUGCCGCAAAAUUGUUACGGACAAUCCAGAGAGUAUGUACCUUGUAUUUAUUACCCAGCAUAUACAGAGUUUUUGAGUGAGGGGUCACAAUUUCAUUUUUAAGUUAUCUUUCCCCUUUCUCCCCCAGUUUUGCAUAGUAUUGUAUUAUUAAAAGUGAUACAGUGUUAUAAUCUCCCCAUAGUAUUAGUGAACAGGUAAGGAUAUUUCCAACAGGUAUUGUUGCAUGACAUUUUGUGUCAGGUGAAGAAUAGAAGAAAUUGAUAAUUUAGGCUGCCCUCAAUCCUGACACAACAUAGACCUAAACAGAAACACUUUUGAUGCUGUUAAAACAGCAUUUAAAAGUCAUAGAAGUCAUAAAGAAGUGGGACUGGAAGGGACCUGCAGAGGUCAUCUGGUCCAACCCUGUUCCUGAGGCUGAAUCAUCCCUAUCCAAACCAUCCCACAUAAACCAUAAUCUAAACUCUACAUAUGCAUACCCUCAACCCUGACACAACAUAGACCUAACACCCUAACCUACCACAGGUAAAGCAGGGGAAACACAGCAGCCAAUGUCCUGCAUCUAUAAAAGGUUGUUAAAUUAUGCUCAAGAGGUCCUGGAAAGAGGGCCACACCCCCCAAAAAUCCCCUUAGUCUAUACCAAUGUGACCAUGGGGUAAAAUUCCUUCCUGAGCCCAAAUAUGGGAAUUGGUCUGACUCUGCGCGGAGGGGCAAGACCCUCUAGGCAGGAACCUCCAGCUUUGCUCCUAGCAGGAGAAUCAGCAAACCCCAGUUGAAGUCCUUAACCUUAGCUGUAGGCAUAGCUAUGCCUAGAUCAUACCUAACCAAUGGCUGUCCAACCUCUGUUUGAACACCUCCAGUGAUGGAGAGUCCGCAACUUCCCUAGGCAGUAUAUUAUACUGCCUCACUAUCAUCAUAGUAAAGAAGUUUUUUUGGUUAUUGAAUCUACAUUUACUUUGCUGCAACUUCAAGGCAUUUUCCACAUCCUUCUCUCUGCAGCAGCAGAGAAAAGGCACUUUGCUUCUUUUUUAUGGCUGCCCUUCAAGUUUUUGAAGAGUGCUAUCAUGUCCCCUCUUAAGCAUCUUUUCCACAAGCUCAAAAUGUCUAUCUCCUACAGCCCUUCCUCACAUGACUUGCCCUUCAAGCCCUUGAUCAUCUUUGUUGUCUGCCUCUAAGAGCCUCUCUAAUUUCUCUUUUUAAAAUGUGGAGCCCACAAUUGCAUGCAGUACUCCAGAUGAGAUCUGCCCCUGCCAAGUAGAGAUGUACUAUCACCUCCUACGUCUUGUACAUAAUGCUUCUAUUGAUGCAACCCAAAAUCACAGUGGCCUUUUGUGUGGCUACAUCACACUGCAGACUCAUAUUGAGUCUGGUUUAUCAAGACUCCCAAGUUCUUUUCCAUAGAGCUGCCAUCCACCCAGGUGUCUCCCAUUUUGUAUUUGUUUUUUUUUAUUAUUAUUCCUCCCAAGGUGCAGCACUUUGCAUUUAUCCACAUUGAAGUUCAUCCUCUUAGCUCUAGCUCAAGUUUCUAAUCUUUUGCAAUCCUUCUGAAUUGUGCUCACAUCCUCCGACAUGUUCACAGUCCUUCCCAGUUUCAUGUCAUCUUCAAACAUGCUGAAGAAGCUUUCUGUGCCGGCAUCCAAAUCAUUAAUAAACGUGCUGAACAGCACCAGGCCCUGUAGCACUCUGUUUAAAACCCCCUGCCGUUCUGACAUAGACCCAUUAAUAAUUACCCUUUGCUUAUGGCUAGCGAGCCAGUUAUCUAUCCACCUUAUAGUACUUUUAUCAAGCCCACAGUUUUCCAAUUUGCUAAUGAGAAGGUUGUGCAGGACCUUGCCAAAAGCUUUGCUGAAGUCCAGAUACACAGUAUGCACAGCAUUCCUUUCAACAUGUCUAAGAUAAGUUACUGGUCACCUGUCCACAAAUACCUAUCUAUAGUUUCAUAUAUAUGAAGGACCGAGCCCUGCGGGACCCCACUGCCCACACCCUUCCAGGUCGAAGCCGACCCUCCAGCCAAUUCGCCACCCACUGGACUGUAGUCAUCCAAGUCACAGCCUCUUAACUUGUUCACCAGUGUGGGGUGGGAUACCGUAUCGAAGGCCUUCCUGAAGUCUAAGUAUACGACAUCCACCCCUCCUCCUGUGUCCAGGCGUUUCGUAACCUGGUCAUAAAAAGAGACUAGACUGGUCAGGCACGAUCUGCCUGCUACGAACCCGUGCUGGUUUCCCCUCAGCAUAAUUUGUCCUGCCGGGCUCUCACAAAUGUGAGCCUUGUUAAUUUUUUCAAAGACUUUGGCAAGGAUGGAGGUGAGACUGACUGGCCUAUAGUUGCCCGGGUCCUCCUUCCUCCCCUUCUUGAAAAUGGGGACCACGUUGGCCCUUUUCCAGUCCUCCGGGACUUGGCCCGUGCACCACGAGCAUUCGAAUAUUCCCGCCAGUGGCUCUGCAAUGAUGUCGGCCGGGCCUGCCGACUUAAAGGCAUCCAGUUCUUCCAAGUAACUCUGCACCAUCUCAGGGUCUACGCAUGGCAGUCUGGCGCCUUGCUGCUGCCUCUCUACAACCCCAGUGAGAGACUUGUCCUGCCCCUCACUUAGGAGCACUGAGACAAAGAACUCGUUGAGGAGUUCAGCCUUGUCCCCCCUGUCCGUCACCAAUUGUUUCUGCCCAUUUAGCAGGGGUCCUAUUCCUCCCUGGGCCUUCCUUUUACUCCCUAUAUAUCUAAAAAACAAUUUCUUGUUGUCCUUUACUUGGGAUGCCAUCCUCAGCUCCAUGGUAGUUUUGGCCUGUCUAACUGCCUCCCUACAAGCACGAGCAGAGGAGGUAUAUUCGUCUUUGGUGAUCUCUCCUUGUUUCCACUUUUUGUGUGCUCCCCUUUUGGCCCUUAGGCUGCCCUGGAUUUCUGCGGUCAGCCAAGGAAGCCUCCUGGCCCCUUUCCCUCUUUUACCCCGCACGGGGAUUGUCUCGCUUUGUGCCCGAAGGAUUGUUUCCUUAAGGCACAGCCACCCUUCUUGGGCUUCCAUCAUUUCAAAACUCCUACUCUGCAGUGCGUCCUUAACUAAUUGCCUGAAUUCAUUUAAAUCAGCUUUCCUAAAGUCUAGUACUUUCACCCUACUAGUUACCUUACCCACUCGACGUCUUAUGGUGAAUUCUAUUAUUAGGUGAUCACUGUCCCCCAGAUGGCUACCGAUCUGUAGGUCCCCUACCAUGUCAUCCCCCGUUGCCAAUACCAGAUCCAGUAUGGCAUUCCCCCUAGUGGGACCGUGUACCUCCUGUGUCAGGUGGAGGUCCUGUACACAGGUUAGAAACCUUCGUGAGCGGUGGGACUUUGCCGUCUGUGUCUCCCAGCAGAUGUCUGGGUAGUUUAGGUCCCCCAUGACUACCACCUCUUUAGCUUUUAUGGUCUCCGAGAGCUGCCUCAGGAGCCCCACAUCUAUUUCUUCCCCUUGAUGUGGGGGUCUGUAGCAGACCCCUACCACCAAAUCCCUUUCUCCUUGCCCCCCAUGUAGCCUGUACAUAUAUGUAUACUGUGCAUAUUUUACACCAAUCUAUUAGUCCUAAAACUUAAUUUCAGGACCUUAAACAGUGAAAAUUUCCAAAUAUUGCAAAAUCAGACAUGCUAACAGCUAGGCUCUGCCCAAUCAUACAUGCAUGCAGCUCCUAUUGACCUUGCAUAUGGAAUGUGAGCAUGUAUUUGAGGAUAGACCUAAGCCCCAACUACCACGUUGUGCUGCUGUUAUUGUCACCUUCUGUGCAUUGGCAACAGAUUUUAACUGCAGUAAGCAUGCUAUGGCAUUCCCAUGAAGCUGGUUGUAAUUAAUUUGCAUACAGCAUUCUGUCACUGUCUUAAGUUAGCAGGUCAGCUGCAACUGGAGAACAACCAUCCCUAGAGUCUGUGAUGUAAGCCUUAGGUUAUGUAAAUUAACACAUUCAUUUGGAGCUGUGUUGAUUUAUAGUAGCUGAGGACUAGCCCUGUGUUCUUUGCUUGAUGCCUGGGGUUUUCACUUUUCCAAACUUCCAGAGAUACAGAGGGGAGUAUGCUGCAGUAAGAAUAUUGUAAGACAGUAAAAUGCCUCGCAGUCAGACUGGUUGGAGUAGAAGUCCUCAGGUAUUUAUUAGCCUGAGCAGUUUAAAUGCAAUAUGGGGAUCUGUGAUUCACUCACUGCAGUGAGAAUACACAGAUGCCCUUUGCCCAGUGCUGCGAAAAUAUUGUUUUGCCACCAUUGCAAGCAGUUUCAUAGCCUUUGUGUGUCUCUAUAUUGUACAAUGAAUAGCAUGUCUGCAGUUUCCAUUGUCCUAGCUACUUCCUUCUACGGCAGAAUCUGUCCUUCUGAAGCUCUAUUGAGUAAGUAGAUCAUUAUGGGCUUGGGGAUGCUCUAGCAUUUUUCCUAUUUCUGCUUCAUCCUAUUUUUGAUCAUACAGUGCAACUGGAUUGUUUCACUGCUUGUAUUUUAUGAUGAGAUAUUCUUGGCUGAAUUGAAUUUUACUCAUAAGUUAGUCAUUGGCCAUUCCUUAUCAUAAAUUGACAUUUGUUCACAUACUUCCCCCUGGUAAGACAGAAAACAGAAGAAUGAUUAUAGCUUGUAACACUUUUUUAAUAAAACAGGAUCUCUACAUUUUACAACAUGCUUAGUGCCCCUAUCCAACAUGCCGUACAUUAGUAAGGGAUUGGGAACACAUGGUCGUUUGGAUCAGACCACAAUUCUUUAUGAGAAAAAAAAAUGUAGUUACCAUAUGAAGAGGUACACGACUAAAAGAGGUGGGCUCCUAGGCAACAGGAUGUACUGCACAUACAAGUAUUAUGAAGUACUUGCCCAUAUAUAGUUUCUGUUCAUUGAAUUUAUGAUUGUUAUUUGGUUGGUUUCCUCAAAGUAGACAUGCUUCUGUAACAGUGAUAUGUUCUGAAUGUGUUCAUGCUAUGUUUCAAUCCCCUUUCCUUCUCCCCCAUCACCCCCAUGGUAUCACAAAAAGUAUAUUUGAAAUCUGUAUCACAAAUUUCAAGGAAAUUGAGGGAUUUCCUGACAAACCAUGAAAUAGUUUGGCAAAGGCUGAGGCACAGAUACAGUUACGCAGAAUGACUGUACAUUACUGGUAAAGUUUACAAUGCAGAGAAACAGUUGCAAGGAAUAAAUUAAAAUAACUAGGAACAUUUAAGGAUAGGAACAUUUAAGGUGUUUAAAAGAAUAAAAAGCUGCAAGUUUAGCUAAUGUGCAAUAGUUUUAAGGCUGACAUGAAUUUUGAAGAAUCGAAUCCUCUUUGAGCGCAUGGCUGUGGUAUACACGGGGUUUGCUUCCAGUCGACUGUGUUGUAGUACAUUUUUAACUAUUCUGCAAUUGAUUCUGUAUUAGCUCCCAACUAGUUACUAAAUGGACCCACCAUCUUUUGUCUGUUAUGAAAGUUUUCAAGUGAUGGAUGUUUCCUUGAGACACUGAUAUCUAAAGUUAUUUUCCUUACGAGGGCAUAUCAAAAGUGUCACAAGAGGUAAUACAACUGGGAGUGCAGCAGUCGCCAUACCAGAAAAGACCAAGGGUUCUUACCAAACUUGUUGCCUCAGUAACAUCUUGUCAGUAGUGAGCUUCACAGAUAAAAUACACAAACCUUAAACAUACACCGCUGCUUCUGUGUUUUACAUUUUAUUGCCAUUUCGUUUAAUCAAGAACCUGUCUGUUAACAUGUGGCACAGGCAGGUAAAUAAGAGUACCUCUUUAACCUCCUCUGCUCCAUUCAUCAUAUUCUAAACCUCUGAAUCUUCUCUCCAAGUGAAAUAGAGCCAGUCGAAUCAGUCUCUCCACAGGCAGAAACACCUGAAUGCUUAGCACCACUUUUGUUGCCCAUUUUUCUUCUGCCUCUUUUUGAUGCAGUGACCAAACGUGAAAGCAGUUCACAAGGUGAGACCCCUACGCAGCAUUUACAGCAUGGAAGAAACAUUCAGUUCUUCUCUCUCCUCAAUAUGACUCUGUAUUUUAUUGGGGUGUUUUUAAUUAUUGCUGUAGUUUGAUGAAUCCUAACAUCCUCUGCGCUCUGCUGGGAAGUGAUUAGUGCAUGAUAAAGGAAUUGUUCCACCUAAAGUGCAUUUCUUUGUCCAACGUAUGAUGAUUUUUUUUCUGUUUUUGUUUCCCAGGUACCUACUUGGGUCAGACAUUUCUUGAAAAUCCCUGCUAGUUUUAAGUAUCAUAAAUGAUUUGUGCCUGUAUCACAAAUCAUAUUCCUGCAGGUGGCUCCAUGACAUAAUAUUUCCCUUCAGAUUCAGCUGUGUGAGAAUUCUCACAGAAAUACUUCGAGCCUUUUUGCUUCUCAAAUGAUGAUAUUCCACAGCAGAACCACACAGUUAAAGACACUCGUUGUUGUUGUUGGGUUGUUUGGGUUUUUUGCUAAAGAAAAGACUUUAAAAAGAAGGAAAGAAAGGUAGGAUGGAUGAAUGUGCAUCACUUGGUCAGAACAAUCUCUAUCAUGUUUUGAAGGUUUUUGUGGGUAUGACUUGGAUGAAGCAUCACUUCGGUUUCUGCUGAAAGGUCAGCUUCUCAUUUACCCAUUCACAGCUUCUCAUUUACAUCAAUGUCCCUGACAACAUAGAAGGCCAUAUAGCGGGUGUCAAUGUAAUGUAUACUGCCAAUACCACACAAAGUGGCCUUAGUGUAAAAUGAAAACCUGGGCCUGUGUGCUUCCCUUACUCAUGCUUAACAUUUUUCCUCCAGUUUAUGAACUUCCUGGAAAAACAAUACCUGGGCAUUGAGGGUACAGGGUAUGAUUCUUACCCUACCUUGGCUUCUCUCUAUGCAGGGUAAAAGAACCACAGUGGCAUAAAGGAGCCCUAAUGUGUCCAAGGUAGGACUCCCCUGGCACAAGCACUGGAGAAGACUCACGUAGGGCUGCCUUUUCAAGGCCCUCUCAAGCAAUGGCAUGGGAGGACAGACCAUCACACGGAAAACUGUGGUGAUACGGGACAGUGCUGUGACUCCAGUGCUGCCCCAUGAGGCUGCUGUAGCUGAGAGGCCCUUAGGGGCCUUACUACCUUUGGGGCAGUCCAGCAUCUUGAGGAUGCAAAGUUGACUCAAAGCCACCUUGGCCUGCAAAUUCUGUGCUUUACCCUUGAGCCCUUGCCCAGAUCAUGUUCUGUAGAGAAGGGAAACCUGGGGGCUUUCCCCAUCCCACCCCCAAAAACCCCAUUUUUUAUCUUGUUGUUGAUCCCUUAGUGUGCUAUAAAGCAGUGCCAGCCCUUAUAUAUUGAUUAAAACUCCUUUCUCUCCUUUGAGAAACUUAGAACCAAUAUAGGAGAGUGAGAGAAUACAUGCUAAUGAAAUGCUGAUUGCAAGGCAGCCAACAGUCAUGUCCCCAAUAAAAAAAAAAAGCUUCUGACAUAGGAACAACCCUACAAUCAGCAUGAAUUGAGGCAUUGUGACCUAUGCCUGAGCAUAACUGUAGCUCUUUCCUUAAAAGAGUGACAUCAUUAAUAAUUGAGAAAAACAGCUAUUUUAAACCAAUAUCCACCUUUGUUGGAGACAUGUUGCUUUUUUUGUCAUUUUCUUGAAUUACUACAUGAGGACUUCCGGAAAGUGAAAGGUUUCAAAGAGGGGAGACACGUUGCCAGACACAUUAUGAAGUGUACUCUGCGGUACAGUUCUGCGUUUUUUUGCCAGUUUCCAUCUCUGUCCUCUCAGUACAUGUAACAUGAUACAAGCCCUUGAAGUUAACAGUAUUAUCCAUUAUCCUGCAUUGCCUUUAAUGUGUUUUGUAGACCUGACUUUUAGUAUCAUCCAUUGACAAGUAGGGGUAUUGAUUUAGCGUAUAGCUAUGUCAUAUGUGGGAGGGGCAGGCAGGCGGGUGGUUGGAGAAAGAGUGAAAAUAAAUUCAUUUCUUUAUGAAAUAAAAGCAAUAAUUACAAAUGUGUAGUAUUAUAUGAAGGCCAUAACUAGUCUUUACCAAUGUUAAGGGCGCACUUGAACUGUAUUGUGGGAAGAGAGUGGAACCAUCAGUACUGUAAUAUUCUUCUCAUAAGAAUACCUGAAUUGCUACUAUUUCACAAUUUUAUGAGCCCACACUACUGCUUUUCAGGAAAUGACAAAAGCAUUUGGGAAAUGGAAGCAGUUCUCUUUAAAGCACUGUAUGAGAAAGAUUGUCUUGUAAAUUUUACCUGUUACAAGCAGGCUGGUUUGUAAAAGAUGUAUGUUUUGGUGUCUAAAAAGAAGUUUAUAAAAUAAUGUAUAUAAUGGUUUCAAAUUACCAGGCUUUUGUAGAUAUUUGAUGCCAAUCAGGUCGCUUUAAUUUGUUUGUUUGUUUGUUUGAUAUAAUUCUAAAAAGUCACCCAAGUUGGUUUAACCUUUCAAGGUAACAGCAAAAAAAAAAGUUUUAGAUUUGAAACAACAGUAAUUUUUAAUCAUUUCAAAGUGUACUGUAACUUUCCUUUUGGUUCAGAUCUUUUCAUUUAACUUUUUUCUGUUUUUAAGAAGAUGUUUUUAUUGACUUUUUUUAAAUGAAUGUGUUUUGCACAAAAAAACUAGAGACAUGAUUUUUAUGCCAUUUCAAGUAGGUAUUAAGAUCAGUCAUUUUCUUCAACGACAACAAAAAAGCAACCUUAUGCAAAAGGGAAGGUUAUCACUUUGAGUGGAUCUAGUCCCUCAUCUGAAGGCUAAUUGUUCCUUCAUAAUUGCUGUUGGCAGUAUUGUCUUGUGUUCUUUUGCUAUAAAAACAAAACAAAACAAAAAAGUGUACAGGUUUGUAACUGCCAAAAUUUGCUAAAGUUGAUGGUUAAAACAAGUUUUCAAGUAAAAAAAAGUACCCUUG